CUCAUUGCGCUCCGCCGGCGCUAGGGCACCGCGGCGGGCGGAAGGGGCCUCCCGCGGUGUGCGCCCAUGGAUCCGGGCGGCUCGCGCCACCUGAGGUACCGGGCAGCCAGGGCGGGAGAGGCCUUAAAAGGGCAACGCCAGCGGAUGAGGAGGCGGAACAAGGCGCCUCGGCGCUCUUGCGGCCAGAAGGAUUUUGCGCCCGACGGCUCCACCGAACAGGCCGAGCGUCUGCGGUUGUGCUUGGAGGAGCAGCGGCGGCACCUGGCCGAGGAGCGCGUGGAACGACCGGGGAAUCUGGUGAAAGCUGUCUGGAAGCCAGAACAGGGCAUUGUGGAGCUGGAGUCCCCAGCGGGGAAGUUCUGGCACACCAUGGGGUUCUCAGAGCAUGGCAAACAGUGUCUGCUGCCUGAGGAGGCUCUGUACCUGCUGGAGUGUGGCUCUCUUCAGCUCUUUUACAAAGAUGUGCCCAUGUCAAUCCAGGAAGCCUAUGACAUUCUGCUGUCCCAGGAGGUGAUGAACCUGCUACAUUACCAGGUGUUCAGCCACUUGAAGCAACUGGGCUAUAUUGUACUGAGAUUCAACCCCAGCACUGUCCUGUCUCCCUACGAGAGGCAACUAAACCUGGAAAGUCACUGCAAGAACUCUGGGAAACACCGUCACAAAAGGAGGAGGGGUUCCAGCCCUGGAUUGUGUGAGAAGAAGCAUAAGAUAUCUGAGGACCUUCCAAAAGCUGAAGAGACCCAUGAAAAAGGUGGAGAUGGCUGUGGAGAAUUCAGCUGUGUUUCCUUGGAUGAGAAGCCAUUGUCAGAGCAGCUAAGGGAAUUGGAUACUGGCAGUGGAGAGGAGCAGUUUGUUACAUCAAACCCAGUUCCUCUUGAUACAGGACGAAAGAACUCCCCAAGCCCCUCCAGGAGUCUGGGGACUGGAGACCAGAAGGCGAGCAGCACUGGUGUACCUCACUGGGAUUUCACCACCAUCAUCUUGCCAAAUGUGGCCCCAGAUCAGCCAUGCAUACAUCUGCCCUCACCUGACAACAAGCUUCUGCCAGAAAAUGUGCCAGGGAGGGAGGUUGAUGCAGCUUCCUGGUGCAGACGCAUCAACCAAAAACAGGAGAAGCUGUCACAGAAGGAAAGGGAGCAGUGGGAGAGGGAAAGCAAAUACAAGAGCAGUAUCAAUGCUGACAGGGAGGUGAGGUGCUGCUUCAGCUGGCAGGAAUACAAAGCUCUUUUGAGACGGAGGAGCCAGCAGAGAGUUUGGAGACGACCACCGCAUCUCUGGGACCAAGGUGUCACACCACUUCUGCAGCCAGAGGAAGCUACCUCAUCAGCUGCAGUCCUCCAGCAGAUCAGUGUGCUGCAGCCCUCCCACAUUCUGGAUGGAGCCUCCGGGCUACAAGAGGACUUGGAGAGUAUCAAGAUAGACUUCAACAUAUAUCAAGCAGAUGCUGUGGCCAAGUUUAAGAAGACAAACCCUGGGAAGCCGUAUGUCAGGAUGUGUGUUCAGAGCUUUGACGAGCAGAUCCCAUCCCUUCAGGCUUUGAAGCAGGUUACAUAUCAGAGUGGGGAUGUCCCAGUGGUCUUUGCACUGGUGGACCAUGGAGAAAUUGCCUUCUACUCGCUAAAGGAAUUCAAGCUGCCAGUUGAUGUUAAUUACUGAAGUUAUUCACAUUAACUUAAAUGGUGUGGGGUGAAGGAAAAAUCUUCACUCUGGAUUUGCUUUCUUGAUUAAUGAAAUAUUAUAGAAAAUAGAGCCUGUGAUAACCAGAUGGAACUUUGGGUGGUAGCACUGUAUUUGCUGUUACAGGCUUCACCCAACUGGGAGAUGGCUUAUGCAUGACAGCAAAAUGCACUGAAAACAAUGGCUUAGCUGGGCAUUUCUGGACUGGAGUACACACUGCUUUGUUCUUGAAGGCGUUGGUUCUCCAGCUUUCUCAUCUUGUGGACUACUAGUCUGCCUUUCCCGUGUCAUGGCUGAUCUGUGGACCAUUAGAAGGCACCCUAAUGCUGUAAAGCCCUUGUCGUAUGUUAGGAAUCACUGUGCUAGGUGAGCUGAACAAUUGGAGUCGCUCAUAGCAGCCAGGGGCAGAAAAAGCUGAUCAGAUCAAUGGUGGUGUCCUGAGCCUCUGUCAUUCAGUUGCACCAGCAGAUCAGAAUCUGAUCCAGUAGUCCAACAGUUGAAAAUGAAACAGACAUAAAAUUCAGUCACUCUGAUAAAAGUUUCCAGGCUCUUGAGAGUUGGAAAAUCAGUGCCUUGCACGCGGUUUCAUCACUCAGAUCACUAAAGGCCCCAGAGCGCUGCAUAUAGUGCCCAGCCUCCUGCUGUUGCAGUUGGGCUGGGAUAUAUUUUGGCCAUACAACAUUAUGCCAUAUUAAAGUUAUACCAUCAGUAUUGGCAUGCUGUAUCUGUUGAUCUCAGCAGGGCUUUACUACAGCCCCUGUUUUAACCUGAUGUCCUCUUUCCUGGCUGUGGAUCCUUGUCUGUCUUUCUCAAGUGAGAGAUCCCCAAGUAAAGAAAGAAGGUAGAAAUGCCUCCUGAGCCUUCCAGGCCUGGCGCUGUUAUGCUUCAAACUAAGGACAUCAUUGCGUUCAAGGCUGUAUCAUGUGAGCCUUCCUCCAUCAUAUCCAGGUACCAAAUUUGCUUUAGCUUCUAUGCAAAAGCACCAGUGUCAGGUGCCAGAAAGUCUGUUCAGUAGGUAUUGAGCCCAGCUGUGUUCAGUAUCUAGGUUCUUCAGAAGUCUACUAGCAACUGUUCUAGAUGCAUCUUACGUGAUAAUUUUUUAGUUCCUUUUGGAGGUGGGGAGAAGUUUGAGCAAUAAAGAACCUUUUCCAACAGUG